UAUGUCAAAAUGACUUUAAAAUUACACAGAAACCAUAAAAUUUUUCGUGACACAUUUUAGACAAUAUGGCCAUUUAAUUUAUUUAAAUACAUUUUAUACAAAUUUCAGUGCAAAAAUUUCAAUCUGACGUAAUAUAUAUAAAAAUGGAAAAGAUCACUGCUUAUCAGGAGUAUAAUAAUUGGAAACACUGAGUAAAAUGCCAUGGAGUUAUGAUGGCAUCACCAAUAAUUAUCCUUCCGAGGCGUAUGUGUCCAGUUGCAACACGUGUCUUUGCAACAAAUUUUCACAGUCUUUGUUGUUUAACUAAAAAUAUCCCUGCUAUAUCACACAAUCCCAUUCCAAACUAUAUAUUAAAUACCAACUUCUAUAAUCAGUCUCUUGAAUUUCGGCAACUAGAGCCUCGGAGAAAUGAUUGCGGCGAUGAUAAAUUUAUUCAACCUGCAAAGGGUUCUCUAAGCUUUAUCAAAGAGUUUCAAAGGUCCUUUGGAUUUAGCAGUAGAAACGACAACCCCCAAAAAAACCGAAAGAGGCGAGUGCCCAGGUUAAUUUUAUUGCAAAAUCCUUUUACAUGGUUAAUGAUAAAAAUUGACUUCAGCGUCCUUCGAAAUAUUUGGGAUCCGUCAUUUCAUGAGCGAGACUUUAAAUUUGGGACCAAACAGGCUAUAUCAAGAGUGACACAAGUCAUUAGUUCGGGCCAGCUAAAGGAGCUUAAUGGCUUGUUGACAAAAGCAGCGCGGCUGAGUUUGAUGCGAGAAUUAGAUCGCAACUGGGGCGAAAAGCAGCGCUCCCUACUAGCACUCAAAAAUGAUGAUAUACAAAUCUCAUCCCCUCGCAAAGUUUAUUUUAUUAGGAUAGGUGAAAAGAAAUUUUGUGAUGUGGAUAUGGCGUUUUUGGCGUUAAAAUGGGCUCCAAUCAAUAGCAUUGAGGCUCUGAUAUUUACUGAGAUAUUUGCCAGAUUUCAUCGUGAAUAUACGCCACACUGUAUUCCAGAAUGGACCAUAGCUUACUUCAAGGUCACACGUUUUGAAGUACUACGGCGAUAAUUGGAUACGAUUCAUAUAGGAUUAUUGUAAUUUGUAAAUCUUGGGGGUUUUUGGAAAAAAUAGCGAUGGCACUUCAUUUACCCAACAAUUUCUUGUAACGUCAGUUUAAAUAUAAGUUUAAAACCCCCAUGAAGAAUGACGACUAAAUUAUGAAUGACGUUGACGACACGUUCACGACGAAAAAUACCUAGUUCAUUCCUUAAAUCUAUGGUAGAACAUGUUCGUGUCAAAUGUUGACUAAUUUAUGAAUCGCAUCGUAAUCUCCAAGAAUUGGUUUUUAGCAGACAUCGUCGGUACUGGUCUAAUGUAAAAUCUAAAAGAUAUGGCAAAUUUUUAAGAUGGAUUUUUUAUACAUGAGUGUAUUGGUACUUUUAAAUCUGUACUGGCUACAAAAGCUAGGCGGAAUGUAAGGAAUCACCAUUUAGGAGUUUUCGACUGGAGUUAUGUUUCUGCAUUUCUAUGUAAGACCUUUAGUAGCGCGCAUCAUGUUCCAAGCACGGUGAUCGCCACUUAUUCGUUUUUCAAAUUAUUUAAUCUGGUACUUUUUAAGCAUAGGUGCAGAAUACAUAGACUACUGUCAUACUUCUAAGCAAAGAGUAUUUUCCCCUAAUAGGUUCCGACUGGCUUUUCUGUAAUUUGUCUAAACGUGUUACUUUUAAGAAUAAAACUAUCAAUCGUAA